UGAGGGGUCGGGGGUGCUUGUGCUAUUCAGCCGGUGCGCGCGGCGGCGGGAGGCAGCGGCUGGGGAGUCCCCUCGACGCUCUGUUCCGAGAGCGUGCCCCGGACCGCCAGCUCAGACCAGGGGCAGCCGUGUAGCCGAACGGAAGCUAGGAGCAGCCAGGACUGGUGGCUGGCCCCCGAGCUCCGCAGGCGGGAAGCACCCAGGAUUUGGGAAGUCCCGGGAGCAACGCGGCGGCGCCUCCCUCACCCAAGGGGCCGCGGCUACGGUCACGGAGCGCUGCGCCACCGUAAGCGACCCAGGCCAGGAUUCUAAAUAGACGGCCCAGGCUUUUCCUCUGCCCGGGCCGCCUCACCUGCGGGCAUUGCCGCGCCGCCUCCGCCGGUGUAGACGGCACCUGCGCCGCCUUGCUCGCGGGUCUCCGCCCCUUGCCCCCCCUUACGGCGCCAGGCCCGGGCAGCUCACCUGGACUGGCGCGGGCUGUGGGAGCCUGCGGUAGCCGAGGCGCGGAGGCGCGGCGCCCACGCCACUGUCCGGAGAGGACACAGGUGGAGCGGGCGCGGCUUCGCGGAACCCGGCGCCUGCCGCCGCCGUCGUCCCGACAGACACCGGGUCCCGGGGACCCGGCCGCCAGUGCCCGGGGAGUAGCCGCCGCCGUCGUGGGCUGGGCACCAUGAACAGCAGCAGCGCCAACAUCACCUACGCCAGUCGCAAGCGGCGGAAGCCGGUGCAGAAAACAGUAAAGCCAAUCCCAGCUGAAGGAAUCAAGUCAAAUCCUUCCAAGCGGCAUAGAGACCGACUUAAUACAGAGUUGGACCGUUUGGCUAGCCUGCUGCCUUUCCCACAAGAUGUAAUUAAUAAGCUGGACAAACUUUCAGUUCUUAGGCUCAGUGUCAGUUACCUGAGAGCCAAGAGCUUCUUUGAUGUUGCAUUAAAAUCCUCCCCUGCUGAAAGAAAUGGAGGCCAGGAGAACUGUAGAGCAGCAAAUUUCAGAGAAGGCCUGAACUUACAAGAAGGAGAAUUCUUAUUACAGGCUCUGAAUGGCUUUGUAUUAGUUGUCACUACAGAUGCUUUGGUCUUUUAUGCUUCUUCUACUAUACAAGAUUAUCUAGGGUUUCAGCAGUCUGAUGUCAUACAUCAGAGUGUGUAUGAACUUAUCCAUACGGAAGACCGAGCUGAAUUUCAGCGUCAGCUACACUGGGCGUUAAAUCCUUCUCAGUGUACAGAGUCUGGACAAGGAAUUGAUGAAGCCCCUGGUCUCCCCCAGCCAGUAGUCUGUUAUAACGCAGAACAGAUUCCUCCAGAAAACUCUCCUUUUAUGGAGAGGUGCUUCAUAUGUCGUCUGAGGUGUCUGCUGGAUAAUUCAUCUGGUUUUCUGGCAAUGAAUUUCCAAGGGAGGUUAAAGUAUCUUCAUGGACAGAAAAAGAAAGGGAAAGAUGGAUCAAUACUUCCACCUCAGUUGGCUUUGUUUGCGAUAGCUACUCCACUUCAGCCACCAUCCAUACUUGAAAUCCGGACCAAAAAUUUUAUCUUUAGAACCAAACACAAACUAGACUUCACACCUAUUGGUUGUGAUGCCAAAGGAAGAAUUGUUUUAGGAUAUACUGAAGCAGAGCUGUGCACGAGAGGAUCAGGGUAUCAGUUUAUUCAUGCUGCUGAUAUGCUUUAUUGUGCUGAGUCCCAUAUCCGGAUGAUUAAGACUGGAGAAAGCGGCUUGAUAGUUUUCCGGCUUCUUACAAAAAACAAUCGAUGGACGUGGGUCCAGUCUAAUGCACGCUUGCUUUAUAAAAAUGGAAGACCAGAUUAUAUCAUUGCGACUCAGAGACCACUAACAGAUGAGGAAGGAAGCGAGCAUUUACGAAAACGAAAUAUGAAGUUGCCUUUUAUGUUUACCACUGGAGAAGCUUUGUUGUAUGAGGCAACCAACCCUUUUCCUGCCAUAAUGGAUCCCUUACCACUAAGGACUAAAAAUGGCACUAGCGAAAAAGACUCUGCUACCAAAUCAACUCUAAACAAGGAUUCUCUCAAUCCUAGUUCCCUCCUCGCUGCCGUGAUGCAACAAGAUGAGUCUAUUUAUCUCUAUCCUGCUUCAAGUACUUCAAGUACUGCACCUUUUGAGAACAAUUUCUUGAACGAAUCUAUGAGUGAAUGCAGAAAUUGGGAAGAUAAUACUGCACCGAUGGGAAAUGAUACUAUCCUGAAACAUGAGCAAAUUGACCAGCCUCAGGAUGUGAACUCAUUUGCUGGAGGUCACCUAGGGCUCUUUCAGGAUAGUAAAAACAGUGACUUGUACAGCAUUAUGAAAAACCUAGGCAUUGAUUUUGAAGACAUCAAACACAUGCAGAAUGAAAAAUUUUUCAGAAAUGAUUUUUCCAGUGAGGUUGACUUCAGAGACAUUGACUUAACAGAUGAAAUCUUGACAUACAUCCAAGAUUCUUUAAGUAAGUCUCCGUUCAUACCUUCAGAUUAUCAACAACAACAGUCCCUGGCUCUGAACUCAAGCUGUAUGGUACAGGAACACCUACAGUUAGAACAGCAACAGCAACAACAGCAUCACCAAAAGCAAGCAGUAGUGGAGCCACAGCAACAACUGUGUCAGAAAAUGAAGCAUAUGCAAGUUAAUGGCAUGUUUGCAAAUUGGAGCUCUAACCAAUUCGUGCCUUUCAGUUGUCCACGGCAAGACCCACAACAAUAUAAUGUCUUUUCAGACUUACAUGGGAUCAAUCAAGAGUUCCCCUACAAAUCUGAAAUGGAUCCUGUGCCUUAUACACAGAACUUUAUUUCCUGUAAUCAGCCUGUAUUACCACAACAUUCCAAAUGUACAGAGCUGGACUAUCCUAUGGGGAGUUAUGAACCAUCCCCAUACCCCACUACUUCUAGUUUAGAAGAUUUUGUCACUUGUUUACAAGUUCCUGAAAACCAAAAGCAUGGAUUAAAUCCACAGUCAGCCAUAGUAACUCCUCAGACUUGUUAUGCUGGGGCCAUGUCGAUGUAUCAGUGCCAGCCAGAACCUCAGCACACCCACGUGGGUCAGAUGCAGUACAACCCCGUACUGCCAGGCCAGCAGGCAUUUUUAAACAAGUUUCAGAAUGGAGUUUUAAAUGAAACAUAUCCAGCUGAAUUAAAUAACAUAAAUAACACUCAGGCUACCACACAUCUUCAGCCACUUCAUCAUCCGUCAGAAGCCAGACCUUUUCCUGAUUUGACAUCCAGUGGAUUCCUGUAAUUCCAAGCCCAAUUUUGACCCUGGUUUUUGGAUUAAAUUAGUUUGUGAAGGAUUAUGGAAUAAUAAAACUGUCACUGUUGGACGUCAGCAAGUUCACAUGGAGGCGUUGAUGCAUGCUAUUCACAAUUAUUCCAAACCAAAUUUUAAUUUUUGCUUUUAGAAAAGGAAGUUUAAAAAUGGUAUCAAAAUAGUACCUAUACUAUAGUCAUUAAGGUAGAAAGUGUACUGCCACAGAGUAGUGAGAUACCAUCUACAUUUCACAUUAUUCUGAGCACCACAAAAUAUGCAAAACUUUAUCAGGGAAACUAAGACUCUUUUAAAUUAGAAAGCAUUCUUUAUUUGAAUUAUUUCUGUCAGAAUAAAAAUAAAAUACUUUGAGUUUUGAACUACUGGAUUCUUAUUAGUUCCCCAAAUACAAAGUUACAGAACUAAACUAGUUUUUCCUAUCAUGUUAACCUCUGCUUUUAUCUCGGAUGUUAAAAUAAACGGUUUGGUGCUUUUUAUAAAAAGAUGAUCUCCGUGCUCUCCUCCUCCACUGUUCAUCUAAGUGCCUCACAUUUUUUUCUACCUGUAACACUGUAGGAUGUAUAUUUUAUAUAAAGUAUUCUUUUUUAAAUUAAUAUCUUUCUGCACACAAAUAUUAUUUGUAUUUCCUAAAUCCAACCAUUUUCAUUAAUUCAGGCAUGUUUUAACUCUUCUACUCACCUAUUUUCUUUAGGUAAAGGGCAAAUAAUGAUUGAAAAAAUAUUUAUUACAUAAUUUAGUAGUUUCUAGACUAUAAAUGUUGCUAUGUGCCUUAUGUUGAAAAAAUUUAAAAGUAAAAUGUCUUUCCAAAUUAUUCUUAAUUAUUAUAAAAAUAUUAAGACAAUCACACUUAAGUUUCUCAACAGUGUUUUCAGAAGAAAUAUACCACUCUUUACCUUUAUUGAAGACUCAUGAUAGUUGAAUGUUGCAAUGUGAAAAAUCUGCUGUUAACUGCAACCAUGUUUAUUAAAUUGCAAGAAGCUUUAUUUCUAACUUUUUAAUUAUAUUAAGCAAAACACCCAUUUCAAUGUGUAUAAAUUGUCUUUAAAAAUUGUUUUAGACCUAUAAACCUUGAUAAUAUAUUGUGUUGACUUUAUAAAUUUCGCUUCUUAGAACAGUGGAAACUAUUUGUUUUUCUCAUAUUUGAGGAGUGUUAAGAUUGCAGAUAGCAAUGUUUGGUGCAAAGUAUUGUAAUGAGUGAAUUGAAUGGUGCAUUGUAUAGAUAUAAUGAACAAAAUUAUUUGUAAGAUAUUUGCAGUUUUUCAUUUUAAAAAGUCCAUACCUUAUAUAUGCACUUAAAUAAUUUGUUGGGGCUUUUCAUACUUUAUCAGUGUGUCUUUGUAAGAAAUAAAGUAAUGAAUCCAACUGCUUAAAGUUGGUAUUAAGAAAAAGACAACCACACAGUUCAUUUACCUUCAAACAUUAGGUUGUUUUUAAUGAUAUACUGAUCAUCUUUACCAAUAGGCAAAUUAAUCACUCUACCAACUUUACUGUCCUGAAAUGGCUUAAAAGAAAAAAAUGACACCAUCUUUUCUUCUUUUCUUCUUCUUUUUUUUUUUUUUUUUUUUUUUUGAGACAGAGUCUCACUCUGCCGCCCAGACUGGAGUGCAGUGGCACAAUCUUGGCUCACUGCAACCUCUACCUCUUGGGUUCAAGCGAUUCUCCUGCCUUAGCCUCCCAAGUUGCUGGGAUUACAGGUAUAUGCCACCAUGCCCAACUAAUUUUUGUAUUUUUAGUAGAAACGGGUUUCACCAUGUUGGCCAGGCUGGUCUCAAACUCCUAACCUCAGGUGAACCUCCCACCUCGGCCUCCCAAAGUGUUGGGAUUACAGGCGUGAGCCACCACACUCAGCUAUUCUUUCCUUUAGCUAUGAGAGCUGAAGAGCUUAGACACAUUUUACAUGUAUUAUUUUAAAAUCUGAGGAAUCCCAAACUGAGAUGUAUUAAAAUACAGUUUUUGGCCAGGUGCAGUGGCUCACGCCUGUAAUCCCAGCACUUUGGGAGGAGGGCGAAGAGGGUGGAUCACAAGGUCAAGAGAUCGAGACCAUCCUGACCAACAUGGUGAAACCCCGUCUCUACUAAAAAUACAAAGAUUAGCUGAGCAUGGUGGCGUGAGCCUGUAGUCGUAGCUACUCGGGAGCCUGAGGCAGGAAAAUAGCCUGAACCCGGGAGACAGAGGUUGUAGAGCUGAGGUCACACUACUGCACUCCAGCCUGGCAAUAGACCGAGACUCCAUCUCCAAAAAAAAAAAAAAAAAAAAUACAGUUCUUAUUUCUUUUACUUUUUUUAGUAAAUUAAUGUAUAUAAAAGUGUCUUCGUACAAAAUAUCUCUCAGUUCUGUGUAUUGUCAGUCAAAACUUUGAACCUGUAGAAUCAAUUUAAGUUUUGAAAAUUUGUCUGAAACAUUUCAUAAUUUGUUUCCAGCAUGAGGUAUCCUUUUAAGGAUUUAGACCAGUGGUCUAGAUUAAUACUCUAUUUUUACAUUUAAACCUUUUAUUGUAAGUCUUAUAUAAACCAUUUUUGUUACUCUCUUCCACAUGUUACUGGAUAAACUGUUUAGUGGAAAAAUAGGCUUUUUAAUCAUGAAUAUGAUGACAAUCAGUUAUACAGUUAUAAAAUUAAAAGUUUUAAAAGCAAUAUUGUAUAUUUUUAUCUAUAUAAAAUAACUAAAAUGUAUCUAAGAAUAAUAAAAUCACAUUAAACCAAAUACCUGUUUGUCUGUUUUAAGUGCCAAACAAAGGAUGCUUAGUGCACCGCUACAUUGAGAGAGUUAUUUCUAGAUGAUGUGCACAUUUAAGGAUGUGGAUGUGUCUCAUUUAGUCUUUUCCUAUACCAGGUUUUUCUUAUAAUACCUGAAGACUUACCAGUAUUCUAGUGUAUUAUGAAGAUUUCAGUCAUUACUAUGCACAAACCAGUGUUUUUCGAUGUUACUAAAUUUUAGGUAAAUGUUUUCAUGGCUUUUUUCUUCAAAGUGUUACUGCUUACCUAUAUCAUGCAUAGAUUUUUGCUUAAAGUAUGAUUUAUAAUGUCCUUAUUAUCAAAGUUGUAUACAAUAAAUAAUAAAAUAACAAAUAUGGAUAA